UCGUCACUUCCGCCCUGGGCCCAGACCGGGGCAGCCCUGGGCUCCUGUGUCCCCACCGGGAGGAGGAGGCGGGCGGAGUCGCUUCGGCCCACGAAGCCCCUUCAGAAAUCUAAUAUGGCCCUCGUCUCAUAAAGUUGGGAGACCCCUGCCUUAGGAUAUCGCUGAGGUGGAGAGCUAGUGGAAUUCUAAAUAGCUUUGGACAUUUAGCUUACCGCUGCCCAGAUUGUGGGAGAGGGCACCACUUGCCCAGAGCCACUGAGAGAUCUACGGAGCGUGUUAGGGAUCGGCUGCUGGCUCCUCGCUGCAGCCUGCUGCGAAUGCUCAACCCAUUCUUGUGGAGUGAAACCAAAAAGUACCAUGGCUACCACCAACCCCCUGGAGAACCUGCAGGUGGAGGCUAGCUGCUCCGUCUGCCUGGAGUACCUGAAGGACCCGGUCAUCAUCGACUGUGGCCACAACUUCUGCCGGGUCUGCAUCACCCGCUGGUGGGAGGAACUGAACCGGGACUUCCCCUGUCCCGUCUGCCGCAAGACCUUCCGCCACCGCACCCUCAAGCCCAACCGGCAGCUGGGCAACAUGGUGGAGAUAGCCAAGCAGCUGCAGGCCACCAAGCGCAAGGUGCGGGACGAGAGCUUGUGCGGGAAGCACAACGAGGUGCUCAACCUCUUCUGCAAGGAGGACCAGGAGGCCGUCUGCCUGGUGUGCGAGAUCUCCCACGACCACCGCUCCCACACCGUGGUGCCCCUGGACGACGCCUCCCUGGAGUACAAGGAGAAGCUGCAGCAGUGUCUGGAGCCUCUGGAGCGGAAGCUGCAGGACAUUGCCCACUGCAAAUCCCAGGAGGAGAAGAAACCCGGAGAGCUGAAGCUUGGUCCUCCCCUCUCCCCGCCACUGCAGAGAAAGGUGGAGAGCCGUCGGCAGCUGAUUGUGAGUGAGUUUGAAGAGCUGCACCAGUUCCUGGAGGAGGAGCAGCAGGUGCUGCUCCGACGAUUAGAGGAGGAGGAGAAGGAGAUCCUGCAGAAGCUAAAGGACAAUGUGGCCCAGUUGUCAGACCACCGCCUCUCCCUCAACCAGCUCAUCACUGAGAUUGAGGAGAAGUGCCUGCAGUCGGGCAUCGAGAUGCUCAAGGACAUAAAGAGCACCCUGGAAAGGUGUGAGACGGUGCAGACCAUGGAACUGGCCUCAGUCCCCAUCAAGCUGGAGAAGAAUUUCUGCAGCUUCCCGCGGCAGUACUUCGUCCUGCGCAAGAUCAUCAAGAGGCUGAUCGGAGAUGUGACCCUGGACCCUGAGACGGCCCAUCCCAACCUGGUGCUCUCCGAGGACCGCAAGAGCGUGAAGUUCGUGGACACGCGUCUGCGGGACCUGCCUGACACCCCACGUCGCUUCACCAUCUACCCCUGCGUCCUGGCGACCGAGGGCUUCACCUCGGGCCGCCACUACUGGGAGGUGGAGGUGGGCGACAAGACGCACUGGGCCCUGGGUGUCUGCAAGGACUCGGUGAGCCGCAAAGGCGAACUGAUGGCCCUGCCCGAGACGGGCUACUGGCGAGUGCGGCUGUGGAACGGCGACAAGUACGCGGCCACCACCACCCCCUUCACCCCGCUGCACCUCCUUGUGAAGCCCAAGCGGGUGGGCGUCUUCCUGGACUAUGAGGCCGGGCGGGUGUCCUUCUACAACGUGACCGACCGCUCCCACAUCUACACCUUCAUGGACACCUUCACCGAGAAGAUCUGGCCCCUCUUCUACCCGGGCAUCCGCGCCGGACGCAAGAACGCCGCCCCCCUCGUCAUCCGCACCCCCACGGACUGGGAGUGACGGGGCUGGAGGCUGCUCGCUCCAGCCUCCUUGCAGACUGGGGCUAGGCAGGAGGCAUGGAUCUGGUUUCUGCUGUGCACCCGCAUGCCCUGACUGUGAUGAGCACCAUGGCUCUUACUGCCUUCCUGGAGACCCUGCUUGUGGACCGGGAGAGCCGGGGCGGGGCCAGAAGUGGAUUACUGAAGGCCCCACCCCUCCCCGCAGACUGCGGGGGCCACCUCGCUGGCCAUGCCCUGAUUUAGUCCAACCCUAGUGGGUUGGGCUUUGCAGCCCCCUGCCAUGCACGCUGGAACCAGCCAUGAAGGAACUCCUCCGUUCCAUUUUCCCCCCGCCUUCCAGCCAGCCAGCCUUCCUGGACAGGGAGUGAUGGAGGCUGCUAGAUCCCGCUUCUGCCCCCAGCAUGGACUGGGGCGGGGGGAUCUCACAGCUCUCUGACGCCUCUGCCUUUCCAGGCUGCGGCGGACAACCCCCACCGCCCUCAUCUCUCCCCCUAAUGGGGGCCAGCACGGACAUCAGACUCCAGUGCAGUCCCGAAGGACAAGACCCUGGGUUCCCUCUAUGGGUGGGAGCUACCACCCCCUCCAGCAGUGGGGGGACCCUGCCGUUGAGGGGGAUCUGGACCCAGGGACUAGUAAAUCCCCCCCCACCACCACCCCCCAGGUUAAAGCCAUGGGUAUCUCUCUUGGGUGUGUAGAUGCUAAUAAGUCACCAUGGACUGCAACAGGAGGGGUGGGGGUUCUGAUUAGAAUUGGGGGAGACAGGCUGCGAAGGACUAUGGGGAUGUCGGCAGCUCAUUCUGAGGGGUGCUGGAUAAACAGGGAUCCAACAGAUUUACGAGGUGGCCCCGCCCUCCAAAUCACUCUGUUCCCUCCGUGACGUGGCCCGAUCUCUCCCUCCGGAAUGGACUCAAGGGGGUGGAUCCUUGCUUGUCCGGCCGAGUUCUCAGUCCCUGAGUCACUUUGAUCCUGGGCUCCUCUUGCACUUGUCUCCUGGUUUUUUUGGUGGGGGGGAGGAGGGGGGGGAACUGUGUUGUUUCCACCUGGCUCCCAUGAAAACGCAUCACAUUUGGACUGUCCAAGGUGAGUCCUUGGGAAAGGCAGCGGACUUGAGCGUGCUGCAGGAGAGAAUCCUUGGCCUUGUACGACCCAAGUUUAUUCCCCUUCUGGAGCAGAGCAGGCAGGGUGGGGUCCAGUCGAUUAGGUCCAGGGAGUCAGGACUCCUGGUUUCGUUCCCAGCUCUGGGAGGGGAGUGAUGUGUCUAGUAGAGCGGGGGCGGCUGGGUGCCCAGACUCCUGGGUUCUGUUCCCAGCUCUAGGAGGGCAAACUGGUACUACACUAGCUGGACCGUCAGCCUGAUCUGGUGCCGGCAGAGAGGCAGGGGUAGCGGUCUAGAUGAUAAAUUGGUACCCAGAAAAGGGAGCAUAUUGAGCCUUGUCAGUCAGUGUUCCAGGUUGUUUGAGGGGGCACAACCCCUUGGUCUCCUGAUGGUGGUGUAUCUUCUUGGGAAAUCACCUGUCAUGCUUGUCUAGGCCAGAGGAAAUGUUUAGGACUGACCAACUCCUGUCCCUUUGGGCUGAGUCUUCCCCCUUGCUCUGGGGUGAACUCUCUGGGGAAGGCCUGUUUUGGGAUUUGUUUGUGGCAGGGGUGGAAGUCACUGGACCCUCUCGAUCAUCUGUUCUAACCUGUGUUAAACAGGAGACGCCUAUGAGUGAAUAGGCUAGAGACUGAACUCCCCUCUGCUCCCUCCAUGAGAGGGCGAAGUUUACCUGGUAGCCUCCACUCUGGCAGUAUCAGGAAAACCUUGCACGGUUCCCAACCCCUUCCAUUCCACCCCACUGCAGCAGCUUUGAAAAUGCACCUCCAUGCUUUCUUUGCCCUCUGCCACUCGCUCUUUAAUAACCCAUCAGGUGCAUCCAUAUCCAUGCUGCUCUGCACCCUGAUCUCUCUUGAACAUGAAAUAAUUGAGUUCAUGUCUUUUGAAGAAAAGAAAAAGUGAGGAAAUAACUUCUGGGCAAUGAAGAACUCCGUUAAAGCAAGGAAGUAGGCUGGGGUGCCCAAAAACCUGUGACAGCGCAGUUACGGUUGGAAAUCGACUGUGUCAAAACUGGCUCCGUCUCUUCUCCCUGAGUUGUAUCUGCGGAACAUGCAAGGUUUUCAUUCUCAAGCGAGCUGGUUUCCUCCCUGACUCAUGUACCGUGUUCAGAUGUCAGCUGUGGGGUUAGAAGAGCCAAUUGUUCAGCCCUGAUUGGCUCAAGAAGUGGCCGCGAGGGGAAUUAAAUAGGACUUUCCACCAGGGGUUGUUUGGAUGAGGAGAACGCAGACCUCGUGUUCCCUGCCGUUGCAGAGUGGUGACACGUUGGUCUUGCCUUGCGACACUUAACAUUAAGUCCCCUAAGGAUUUAAAUGCUUUAGUCUAAAGUCUUUGGACUCAAUGCAAGGGUAACUGGGUGUGUUGGCGUUGCCCAUGUUUACAGGUCAGAAAUCUCCAUCGCCGUUCCAGAGCUAACUGCACCUCUCGCUCCUUUUCUGAGCUGAGUGCACCCCCACUGGCCCUCGAGCUCUUCCUUUUCCUGGGGUGGGAUUCCCACAUUUUCCCACUCUGAGCCCACUUCCCAGGCUCCGGCACCCCAAGUAUCAGCUGUGCUUCUCUAGCAGGACCUAUGGAAGUUGGCUCCCAUGUUGGGUACCUUGACCCGAAACCAAAGGAUUGAUUGUCGUUAACAGUAGGAAUGGAGCACAACAAGAGAGAAACGGAUUUUGGAACAGCAACCGGCCUGCAGGCGAAACUCCCAGUGGAAGGGGCUUAUGUGCAGACAGUAAACAUUACAUCCUGGUUACCGCAUGUUGAGCUACUUAAAUUAUCGCAGGCUGCUCCAGAUCUGUCCCCCUUUGAGUUUGGGUUCAGCCCUUCCGAGCCCCCUCAACAUAAAUGCCCACCCAGGUGAAGGUUUCUGCCACCCAAGGGCUUUUCAGUCCAGCCAUCGGCAGCCACGUGGGAGCCGACAGCCGGGAGUUGAAGCGAGACAGAUUGCGAGUGGAGGCAAGGUGCAGAUUUUCCACAGAACGGGCGACUAACCCAUGUGGCUGCUUCCCAAGGGAGGGCAUCUCUCACUGGGAGUCUUUAGCAAGACUGGGUUCGUGUUUUGAGAACAUACGGCCAUGCCUGAUCACUGUGCGGGAGAAUACUCCUUGCCGGGGUUACGCAGGAGCUGAUGAUUAUUUGUAUUUCAGUAGUAGCUAGUUCCCAGCUGAGAUAGGACCACAUUGGGCUGUGCGCUGUGUGCCCGCGUGUAGUCAGAGAUACUCCUUGCCUCAAAGAGCUUCCAAUCUAAACAGUUUGGCUCAGGUGAGACUUGGUGAAAUGCAGCCACCUCUGGGUAACAGCUGACCAGAAAAUCAGCAAAGGAUGUGCUCACCCAGCACUGAGAUGCAGCCACCUCUGGGGUGGGGCGGGGCAGCUCUUUAGGAGUGGAGAUUUUGCAGGAGCUGGGACGGAGGGCUCAGAUUCUGACUCGCAGCGGAUGGGGAAGUAUCAAGGAUUCAUUCAUGCCCAGGAGGGGUCAGAGCCUCAUGGGGGAGAUGCUUUUCUGCCCCAGGCAGAGAAGGGCAGUGUGACACCUCAAAAGGCUCCAUAUUCGAGUAGCUGUGUGUGAAGGAGGGGAGAGAGGGGCACCGCUUGUAAUGCAUUAACUAGCUGUGUGUGUAACUAGUGGCCCAGGACAGGGACUGGCUGGCUUAAGGCAGAGCAGGAUGGGAUGCAGAGCCUUUCCCCAUUAGUUUGGAUGGGUAGCUGGCUCAGUGUGUGGGGGAUUGGUACCCCGGACCUUCCCCUCUAGGGGCACCUGUUUCAAUCUGGCCCCAUCUCCGCGCAGGGCAGAAAUGCAUUUCACUUGGUGCACCCAUGGGUGUAAUGAGCUGGUGGGUGUCAGCAGAGAAGGUGCCUUGAUCCCCACCUGUCCUGACACACCCCAGUGCUAGUCACCUCAGCAGGGAGGCCAAAGGUUGAAUGGGCCCCAGCUCCCCCCUGCCCCCCAGAGGGGGCCCCUGCAGGGGUGGGGCUGUGACUCGUCAGCAGGGGGUGUUCUGUGGUCGGGGGGCACAGUCCCUGCUCCUGUCCCCAUUGGGGGGUGGGUACAAAGAAGGCACCUCCGCUCCCCUGGAAUGUGAAGGCAAUUGUGUGCGCUGUGGUCUGUCCCAGCUGGCCGGGCAAGAACCUGUCUCUGUGGCUUGUAUCGUAUAAUGGCCUGCGACUUGUUAUCAAUAAACCACCGGUUUUCUUAGA